AUGGCACAACGAACUAUCCUGCCCUUACUGGCUGUAUCUGCUAGCUCUGUAUUUGCGCAAUCCACCACAGGGAGCUCAGCAAGCUCUUCGGUAGUUGAUAUCAUCUUGCCCAUGCUCGAGUCUCAGACCAUAAUGGGCUCGGUCAUGGGCGCAGACGCAACAGCGACGACGUUCUUCCUCACCUGCCCAACAGAUGCGCCCUCCCUGCAAUGUGGUCUUGGGAAGGGAAUGGAGGUCGUGGAGGGAUCCGAAGUUCUGGAAGUCCAUAUGACACAAGCUAAUGUGGUAACGGCUGACAUAUCUUGCUCUAUUGCAUCCAACACCGCCAGCUGCACCUCGUCGAUAGCAUCGAUCGACCUCACUAUCAGCAAUACGGCCACAGCUUACUCCAUGGUGACGACGACUGGUACUGGGACAAUGGCCGAUAUCAGCUCCCACACUAUGCCAGUCACCAUCACAGCGGGCCUCGAGAAAUUGACCACAACCACCGCUGCAACGGCUACUUCUCAGCCAAGCAGUAGUGUGGUCACUGCUGGUAUGCCUAGAAUGACGCAGAACGCUGUUCUAGCAGGAGCCGCAAUGAUGCUUGGAGGGGCGAUGGUACUUUAA